UUUCGGUACAUUUCGGAAUGUUUCCUAUGUAUCCACAGCCAUGACAACGACAUGCACAGCUGAGUUUUUUGAUGCUCUGACUAAUAAAGAUCACGACAAGAUAUUGGAUUUAACUUCAAGUGGAUUAUUAAAAAUGAAAAAGAAGUUUAAUUUUCAAAAAAGGAACGGACCUCAUGAAGCAGAUAAAAUGUCGGCGCUUUUACUUACAAUUAAGUACUGUUACCGCAAAGAUGUCAUCGAGAAAAUGAUAGCAUCAGGAGCCAAUGUAGAUGCCACUGGAUAUGAAUAUAUGCUUCAUAACCUCAACAGAAAGCGGCUGGUAUCUCCCCUGUAUCUGGCAGUUAACAGGAGCUGUAACAAAGAACUUCUGAAGUGUCUGAUAUCUGCAGGGGCAGAUUUGAACAAGUUUGCUGGUCAAAUCACAGAAAAAGAAGAGGAAGGAGGCAGCAUGGUGAUGGAUUCCCAAUCUGCAAGUUUGAACUUUGCUCUUCAUUCUCAGUAUUAUGAUGCAGAGGUGAUAGACAUUUUACUAGAGAAUGGCGCAGACCUCAAUAUCAAGAAUGACUCUUCUCUGCUUCCACUACAAAUAGCUACAUUAUACAAUUACAGUGAUGCUGUUUUAUCUCUAGUUAGAUAUGGUGCUAGUACCAGUCCUUCUUCCUACUCUGUGUAUUCUCCCCUUGCUCUGCUGUUAGACUCAGCAGAGUUACUUUCUCCUGAUGAUGAACUCUCCUCAGAAGGGAGGGCAGAAAAGCGCUUUAACUUGAUAAGGUGUGUCCAUAUUCUUCUGAAUGGUGGAUAUGAUGUGCUGCAUGACACUGAAAUGAUGGAUUUGUGCAAAAAAUGUCAAUGUGAUGAAGAAAUGGAUGGGAUUCAGUUAGAAGUGGCUAAAAUUAUUUGUGACUGGGUAUACCAACCAAAAAAUCUCAAAAUUUUAUGUAGACUAAAAAUUCGUCAUUAUCUUCAGGUUGGUCAGACAGCAUUAAACCCUAAAAUUCUGAAGAAAUUACCAUUACCUAAUUCCUUAAAUAAUUAUUUGAAUUUAAGUGAUUUUGAUUAAAGUUUUUUUCCCACC